UCUCUGUCUCUCUGUCUCUCGGUCUCUGUCUCUCUCUCUCUCUCUCUCUGUCUCUCUGUCUCUCUGUCUCUCUGUCUCUGUUUCGGGAGAGGACGGACAUUGAUUCCUCAUUGAGAAAGAAACAGGCCUUUUCUAGAGACCUAGCGUGUCUGAGAGGAAGCAGCCAUGCGUUUCCCUCUGUUGUUGACACUGCAGGCGCUGUGGGCCAGUGUGUGCCAGACCAUGCAGCACUACCCUGCUGCCUGGGGACACUACGACGUGUGUAAAUCUCAGGUGUACACGGAUGAAGGACUCACCUGGGAUUACAUGGCCUGCCAACCUGAGGCCAUGGACAUGACCAAGUACCUGAAGGUUACGGUGGACCCACCCAACAUCACCUGUGGAGACCCACCUGAGACAUACUGCGCCCUGGAGAAUCCGUACAUGUGUAACAACGAAUGCGACGCCCAAAACGAGGACCUGGCCCACCCUCCGGAGCUCAUGUUCGAUUUCGAAGGUCGGAACCCCACAACCUUCUGGCAGUCCAGUUCCUGGAAGAAAUACCCCAGGGCCCUCCUGGUCAACAUCACACUGUCCUGGAAAAAAACCAUUGAGCUGACCGACGACAUCGUGGUCACCUUCGAGUCCGGACGACCCGAACAGAUGGUUCUGGAGAAGUCUCUGGACUACGGUAAGACCUGGCAACCCUACCAGUUCUACGCCACAGACUGUCUGGACGCCUUCACCAUGGAGCACAAGACUGUCCAGGACCUGACCCAGCACACACUUCUAGACAUCAUCUGUACCGAGGAAUACUCCAGGGGCUACGUGUGGAAGAACGCUAAAACCGUCCGCUUCGAGAUCAAGGACCGUUUCGCACUGUUCGCCGGGCCACACCUCCACAACAUGGCAUCCCUCUACGGUCAGUUAGACACUACCAAGAACCUGAGGGACUUCUUCACCAUUACAGACCUGAGGGUCCGGCUCCUCCGACCGGCCACCGGGGCCACCAUGGUGGACGAGAACAACCUGUCCAGAUACUUCUACGCCAUCUCUGAUAUCAAGGUGCAGGGCAGGUGCAAGUGUAACCUUCACGCCAACAGUUGCGUGUUUGACAAAGAGAAGCUAAAUUGUGAGUGUGAGCACAACACCACGGGACCGGACUGUGGCCGCUGUAAGAGGAACUACCAGGGACGGACGUGGAGCGCAGGAUCCUAUCUUCCAAUCCCCAAGGGCACGGCAAAUACCUGCAUCCCCAGUAACAUUGGUCCAGUUAUUCGGCCGAAUGUCUCAUCUCUAGGUGUUGCUAACCGAAACCAAGCCCGAGUGUGUGACAACGAGCUCCUGCGCUGUCAGAACGGUGGUGUGUGUCUGAACAACCUGAGGUGCCAGUGUACCCCGGCCUACACGGGCCUGCUGUGUGAGAAGCCCCGCUGUGAGUCGGAGCUGGGGAGCUGUGGUGGGCCCAACUCGGGUCAAGCCGCCCUCUCGUCUACAUCGCUCCCCACCCUGCUGCUGCUGGGCUGGAUGCUGCUCAGAGGGGCCUCCUACUGACCCUGGCCUACUCUGCUCUGAGAACCAUAGACCUACUGUCUAUUCUGAACUGGUGGAGCGUACUGCUCAAUAAUCAACUACAACAACAACCAGAACUACAACUGCAACCAGAACUACAACACCCAUGAGUUCAUUCUACUGUACUGUAAUGUACUGUACGAGCUGUCCACCAGACACAGCAAGGACACACACUGUCUGUAAGGAAACGUGCCAGAAUGAACACAAAACUUUAAUUUAAGGAAAUAAAAUAAAGCAUAUAUAAAAAUUAGAGUAAAUACCAGAUAUUUAAAAAAAGAGUUUAACUUGAGCAUUUGCUUCAUAAAAAGUCAAACCAGUUCGACAACGGAGACCAGUGACCUAAGCCAUACCAGAGACAUUUCCCCCUUACUGUCAAAAGGUGGGACUGGGGAUGACAGACACUUUACUCACUUCCUCUCUUAUCGCCACGGCAACAGCAGCUGUGAACCAAUCAGCGGCAACAAGCUCUAGAUAGCAAGGCCAGCAGCUGCUAGCUGCCCCUGUUCCCAGGGGUUUGAUGCUGGCUGCACUGAACUGCUUCUGGGCUGAACUGACUGACUAACUGACUUGCUAACUGACUGGCUAACUGACUGGCUGACUGACUGGCUGACUGACUGGCUGACUGACUGGCUGACUACAUAAAACUGUCCCUACCCAUGCUGAUUUGAAAAAUACAUUUAAAAAAAAGAGAAAUCGAGCCGGAGGAAAAAUAAUAAAAUAAAAAAGGAAAUGUAAGCAUUCUUUGCUGUCAGUAUAUUGUGGAUAUAAGGUAAUCCAUCCAGACUGCCACAAAUCUUACCCAAGUCUAUCUCUCUCUCUCCUUUUCUAAUUCUGUCUCUCUCUCUGUCUCUCUCUCUCUAUUUAUCUUUCUGUCCUCCUGUUCCUACUUCUCUAUCUCCCUAUAUUUCUCGGCUGUCCCCCUCCCUCCCUCCAGCCCUAUCCAGCCCCUAGCUCCUACCCAGCCCCUCCAUCCAGUCCUACCCCUCCCUCCAGUCCUACCCAGCCCCUCCAUCCAG